AUGACACCGAUCCGUCCGUCUCGACUCGGGUUAAAUGAAUCCCAUGAUAAUCUAGCAGCCGUCCGAGGAGAAAGAGUUCCUGUCAAUUUCAGUUUUCAACCAACUUGGCGAUGCCUAGUGCGAGGAAUCCGCACCCACGAUGGCUUCGCGCAGGAGCUAUACGGGCAGCUUCCAGAAUUCACCCGUGCUUUGAAUGCGCGCGCAAUCAUGAGUAAUCGAGUCCCAGACAUGAACUCACCGGAGGAUUUUCCCUACUGCUACACCUCACUUUACCUAGAGCUAGACUUGUUGCCGGAGGUGGCUAUUGUAGAGGAAGCGCGCGAUAAUCUGGCCUCUGGGAAAGCGAUCUACGAGACCCGACUCGGUGGAACUGUAUGGAUGACUAUAAUCACUGUCUAUACGUACCCCUACGUCUGGGAGCCUAUUUCAACGGCGACAUAUGUGUGCGGUCUAUGCUCGAUUAAACCUUACCGGUGGGGGAUACGGACUGUUUUAUUCUGUCGCGCCUUGUGUUUGAUAUUACCGAGGACUGGUGCCUCGAUGCUGAGGUUAUUAUGCGAACUACUAUCCGCCGAUCUUCCCACCGUUGAUAAAAACCUAUUGAUCCUGAUGGUAGCGUGGUUAGGUAAUAUUGACCGCUACGUGCGGCUGCGCCGACUAACUAUGAUUGACGGCGAGAUGCCGUACGUUAUUAGGGGAAUUUACUAUUACCCUUUCUUCGCUAAAUAG